ACAACAACAACAACAAUCAUACAAAUCGAUAGUGAUACCUCAUCCAAUUCAUCCUUGAAACGCCGACGUGGUCGCCCUUCCAAAAAAUCCCUGUCAGCCGAUCCUCACCCUUCUUCUUCUCCACAUAAAAAGCAACAUACUGUUACUACUCGAUUCCAACAAAGACGCCAACAACAUAGUGAUUCAAAACAUGAUAUUUUAUCAGCAACAUUCAAAUUGGAUUCCUUACAAUUAUUAUCCUCUUCUUCAAAAGAUUCACGCCACAAUAGGUCAGAACAAAGACGAUCACCGUCAUCAUUGAAUGCUAUGCGCAUAGGCGAUCAAGUCGAUGCUUGGAAAGAUGAUCAAGGGGAUUACUAUCGUGCAAGAGUGGUGGAAAUGGAAGGACAUUUGAUCUUUGUACAUUAUGAAGGAUUCUCACCAGAUCAAGCAGAUUGGAUUGGAUUAUCGGAUAUACGUAUUAUGGAUCGCCAAAGAAAUAUUCAAAAAAGGAAGAAAAAGAAAUCAACUUCUCAACGAUUACAUCCUUUAGACAAUAAUCAAAUGCCAAAUGAUGAAACCAAAAUGGAUACUGAUGAUGAUAACUAUGAUGACGGUGGCGAGAAUGGAAAUUAUGGACCUAGAGGCAAAGAAAAUCAUGUGUCUUGGCAAGAUUACGCUACUUUUUAUUAUACCCAAGAUGGAUCCAAAGCAAGGCAUCAUACUGGUUUGAUUCAAGAUCGACGUAUGCUUCUUCAUUGUUGUCCUUGUCAUUCUAAAGAAUUUACUCAUCCUGAACGACCUGAUCGACUUUCUUCUAUCAUUCAACAAUUACACAAUGAUAGAAUAUUACGAUUUGUCAAACAUAUGCAUGGACGCGAAGCUACUGAUUCAGAAUUACUCAAAGCCCACACGUCACAACAUAUACGAAACUAUACACCGGAAGAAGACAAGAGCAUCAAGGUGACGUCCAUAGCUGCUUUAUUGAAUCCUGUUGUCUCACCACCACCAUCACCUACAACAGCAACAAAAGAAGAGAAAACGGAACCAUCCACCAUGGGAACGACGUUACGUGGUAUAGGUGGAGGUGUUGUUAUGGAAACUGGUCCAGGCUAUCGAUUACGUCAACAACGACUUUUAUCUACCAAUGCUUUGAAGAAAAAGAAACAAAUGUCGGAUGAAUCUUGUGGGACAAAAUUGACUUACCCACCUGAUUUGGUCUGUCAGAUGACUUGUGGAGAAUUAGGGAUUGCGGUCGAUACUACUUUUCAUCCUGCUUAUUCAAGUCUUUCAGCAAAAGUGGCUGCUGGUGCUUUGAUUUCCUUGGUUGAUGCUGUGGUUGAAGGUGAUUUAAAGAAUGGAUUCGCUUUGAUUCGUCCACCAGGUCAUCAUGCUGAAGAGAGUGCUGCGAUGGGAUUUUGUUUCUACAACAAUGUGGCUGUGGCGGCACUAUCUACCCUAGAAAAAUAUCCAACCAAAAUCAAAAAUAUCCUUAUUGUAGACUGGGAUGUCCACCAUGGUAAUGGAACACAGAAAAUCUUUUAUGACAAUCCGAAUGUACUUUAUAUUUCUAUUCAUCGAUGGGAUCAUGGACAAUUUUAUCCAUAUAGUGGGGCACCUGAUGAAUGUGGACUAGGCAAAGGGUUAGGCAAAAACGUCAAUAUUGCUCUUAGUGAUCUAGAAAAUCAAACAAGGCCAAUGGGUGAUCCAGAAUUUGUAGCUGCUUUAUAUCAUUUAGUGAUUCCCAUUGCUAGGCAGUUUUCACCAGAUAUGAUCUUUGUUUCUGCUGGAUUUGAUGCUGCUGAAGGACAUCCUGAAAACUUAGGGGGAUACAAGGUGACACCAAAGGGUUACUCCGUCAUGACUAAGAUUAUCAUGGAUUUAGCUCAAGAAUUAUGUGAAGGAAGGUUGGUAUUGACUUUGGAAGGAGGAUAUGCACUUCAACCAUUGGCAGUAAGUGCGGCAGCCAGCGUGACUCAAUUAUUACCAUCAUGGGCAUCAUCAGCGGAUUAUCUACAUGGAUACAAACAUACAUUGAAUUCGAUCAAACCCAAUCAAGGAUGUGUGGCUUCUUUGGCAAAAUGUGUACAGGUACAGCAAGCAUAUUGGCAAUUCCCGGAUCAUCUCAUGUCUCCUGAUUGUCGAUUCCAAUUACCCUCUGAUUGGCGUGCUUCAGAAGGUAUCUUGACUCGUCCCAAACGCGAAAAACGUCCUAUCAAGAUGCCUGUGGUCGAAGGCUAUUAGGAUGAUGACUAGAUUUUUUUUUUUUAGACGACCCUAUAGAUAGAUAUUUAGAUUUUUUUUUUUUUGGGAAGUCUCCAAUAAAAAGGACACAGAAUGUGUGUGUGUGUGUGUAUGUA